UUGGACUUUGAUAUAGAUUGUCCAGCUGGCAGGGCGAGCAUCACAGGUCAAACUGUCGUGCCACUUCUACCAGCACAAACACCCAAUUACAUUUUGCUACCCUGUCAUGUCCAAUCAGAUUCAGACUGUGUCAGGGUUGUUCCUGCUGGGCCGGCUAUAAGAAGUUCAACAAUCUUAAAGGAGGGCACCAUCUGAUCCAAGUUAUCCUGCAGUACAGCAUCCCCUCCAGUCAGCAGCCAUGAAGUUCACUCUCAUCGCAGCCCUUGUUGUUGUGCUUGCUCUGGCACAAGGGAGCCGAGCAGCACAGGCUACUGAGCUGGAGAAUAUCAGUCAGUUCUUUGAGAACCUGAAAAACAAACUGACUCAGGAUCUGACUGACGCCAUCCAAGUCCAGGAGGUGGCAAGCCAGGCUCAAACCUUUGUGGAAAAUAAGAGAACCGAGCUGGAGCCAGUGGUCAGUCAGAUCCAGGACCAGCUGAGGACUGCUGCUGCCAAAGUUGAGGAGCAGUUAAAACCCUUGGCUGAAAACAUGCAGGCUCAGGUUCAACCAAUGGUCGAUGAUUUCCAGAAGCAGAUGGAGGACAUCCUGAACAAGCUGAUUGGCCAAGCCAGGGCCAUUGGCAACUAAACCAAAACCAGUUUGCUUUGCCACUACAGUCUCCUGUCUUGGACUGAGUUAAAGCUUGCGCCACAAAGGAGUUCAGGAUGAAGUACAACAGUGCUUGACAUUGAUGUGCAGAUUACAACUGUCCCAAAGUUCAAUUAAAUCCUGGAACAAGG